GAAGGAUCCAUAUUUGUUUCUCCGAAUUGCUUCGAAUGUUGUGUUCUUGAGACACACUCCUAAAUCGAUUUAUUGGUAUCGCUUCUUGUCUUAUUACCAAUUGUUACAAACUGACAGACCAGUGUGUAUAAGUAGAAUUUCGAUCUCAUAGUGAACAAGUUCGUGGACUCGAGGAAUAUCAAAAUGGUGGCGGUACGACACGGGUGAUGUGUGCGCAGAUAUUGGAGUGUAUUAUAAUUUCAGGAGAAACGCGUACGCGUGUGAGCACGCAACGUAUUGUAAAAUGGGAGAUCCGAAGGCUCAGCACGGCAUGCAGGAGAUGAAAGGAUGGCUAUUUAAAUGGACUAAUUAUUUAAAAGGUUACCAGCGAAGAUGGUUCGUCCUGUCAAAUGGCCUGCUGUCGUAUUACAGGGCUGAACCAACAGGGGGGCCAAAGAUAUCAACACGACGCAAGCGGAAGGCUGGCAGAGCCUCCGAAAACCCAGCCGAGAUGUCUCACACGUGCCGUGGCACGAUAUCCUUGCACGGUGCCUUAAUACACACCGUAGACGCUUGUACGUUCGUUGUGAGCAAUGGUGGUACGCAAACCUUCCAUAUCAAGGCGGCGACGGAAGUGGAGCGUCAACAGUGGGUCACGGCCCUCGAGUUGGCCAAGGCCAAGGCUAUUCAAGCCAUGGAAUCUGAAGAGGAGGAGGAGUUCCAGGACAAUGAUAAUCAGAAGCCAGAGCAAGUUUCAGUGAUAAAGGAUCUGUCCCAACGCUUGGAAGACUUGCAGGCUUGUAAUGAUUUAAUCAACAAGAAAGGUGCGAUGCUUCAACGAGCUUUGAAUGAGCUUGAAGCCCUUGAACCUCCGACACCGGAAUUAGCGGCAAAAAUAAAAACGGUCAGCGAACGAGCCGCACUCUUUCGUAUUGCGGCCGGUGCAAUGGUUAAUACAAGCAAUGAGUAUUUGCAACUAGCGCAACAACAAGAACCGAAGUGGAAGAAGAUGCUGCAACAUGAACGUGAUCAGAAGGUGCGGAUAGAAAAAAUGGUUGAACAGCUGGCAAGGCAGCACUCUCAUCUGGAAGAAGCUGCACAGCAUGCAAUCCCUUCGGCGGUUCCGGCAGGGGGGCACAGACCUUCGCAUACAACAGUUACAACUUCUCCAUCUGAGGACGAGGAGGAUAACGCUGAGUUCUAUGAUGCCCAAGAAUCGGACACUUUUACCUUAAGUAUUCCAGGUGUAGCUACAAGCAAUUCUAGAGAUCGGACUGAUUCUCAGGGUAGUGAUGAUGGCUCUAGUUCUGAAGGAGAUCAAACACCAUUGCCUCUGUCAGAAAACACUGGUGCAAAUUCCUUUCUUAUUGUGACCAAUUCUACAGUAGUACAAACUCCUACCACUGCUGAAACUACUGACACUCUGGAUAAUACAAAUUGGCAAACCAACAAUGGCAGCAGUGGCAGCACCGGGGUGACAGGUUCUAAAAAGAAACGUAGGACUAGAGUACCCGAGAAGCCAAAUUAUCCAUUAAACUUAUGGAGUAUCAUGAAAAAUUGUAUUGGCAAAGAUUUAUCGAAAAUUCCAAUGCCGGUUAAUUUCUCUGAGCCACUUAGUAUGCUUCAACGGCUUACUGAAGAUUAUGAAUAUGCAGAUAUUCUUGACAGGGCAGCAGAGUGUACAGAUAGCUACGAGCAAAUGGCUUAUGUGGCUGCAUUUACUAUAUCCAGCUAUUCCACAACUGCUAGCAGAACAGGCAAACCUUUCAAUCCAUUGUUAGGUGAAACGUAUGAAUGUGAUCGCGUCGAAGAUUUAGGCUGGAGAGCAAUUUCAGAGCAAGUAUCUCAUCACCCUCCUAUGUUAGCACAACAUUGCGAAGGCAGAAAGUGGCGUUGUUGGCAAGAAUUUACCAUGGCAUCUAAGUUCCGUGGAAAAUAUCUUCAAGUAAUACCAUUGGGAACUGCUCACCUUGAAAUGGAGGGUGGUAUGCAACAUUAUACGUGGCGGAAAGUCACAACUACUGUACACAAUAUUAUAGUAGGAAAAUUGUGGGUCGAUCAAAGCGGCGAUACAGAUAUUAUCAAUCACAAAGAAGGUAUAAAGUGCCAUUUGAAGUAUACGCCGUAUUCGUACUUCUCGCGGGAUAGUCAACGUAAAGUAAAGGGGAUAGUUAUGAAUUCAAAUAAUGAAGUAAAAUGGGUAGUGCAAGGCACAUGGGACUCAAAAAUAGAAAUUGCUCCUGUGAUUAGUACGUCUGGUACACCAGACAAUCCAGUGUAUAAAACAGGUCCUUACAUACUUGCUUGGAAGCGUCGUAUGCCACCUGAAGAUUGUGAAAAGUAUUAUAAUUUCACGGAAUUAGCUUGUCAACUUAACGAACCGGAAGAUGGCAUAGCUCCUACCGAUUCUCGAUUUAGACCUGAUCAGAGAUUGAUGGAAAACGGCCAAUGGGACGAAGCAAACGCAGAAAAACUUCGAUUAGAGGAAAAGCAGAGGGCUGCUCGACGCUCUCGGGAACACGAUGUUGAAAAAGCAACUGCUCAAGGUUUACCGUACGAAACUUAUGAACCGCUGUGGUUCAAAAAAGAGCAGGAUCCGUACACAAACAGUCUAUGUUAUGUGUACGGUGGCGAAUAUUGGGAAUGUAAAACUAAAGGUGAUUGGUCACGGUGUCCAAACAUAUUUUAGCUUAUAAUAUAAUUAUAUCAAUCAAUGAUGUGACCGCCAAUAUACAGUACGGAAAUGUUUGGAUUUGUUUAAAGUGAAAAUAGUUGAUAUUAGAAAUCACUUUCGUGGAGAUUAUUGUUUCUGAGAAAUGCUGACGCGAUAGUGGGGUUGCUAGGGGUUACGGUACAGUCAUUACUUCUUCCAUGGAACUCAUCAAAUGUCGGCAUUUUGAUACAUCAGAUGAGCGUUUUGUAGUAUAUCUUGCCUCCGUUGUUUCACACGUUUUUCUGUCUAUAUCACCACUGCAUCCCUCUCAUUCAUCCACUUUUCUAAACAACCAUCAUUGUAAUGAAUCCACAAGGCCCAAAUAAUGCUUUUGCAUA